AAUGAACAAGAAGCACAGGGAGUUAUGGUGGUUCUACAUCAUCCUUAUCUUUCUUAACCUCAGUUGUAUCGCUUCAGUUAUCAUUCUAUUGAAGAAGUACUGGAAGUUCAGGAUCAGAGAGUUUUAUUUUACUCUAAUCACUAUAUUUAUGAUCCUCACUUAUGUUACAAGGAUCAUCGAUGUAAUAUAUGUAUGGGUUGCAGAGCCAGAUACCCUCUUCAAUAAGAAUCAUAUUAAUCACCAUUAUAAAAUUAUGGAGCAUACUAAGGUAUUAUAGUGUCCUUUCCACCAAUUCUGUUCAACGGAUUCUCAAUUCUGGGGUACUCUUUCCGAUGGACUAACUUCUGUGUAAUGACAACCGCACAAGCAAGUCUCAAUGAAAGGAAGGUAGUGACUAAAGAAAAUUUUGUAAAAUGGGUCUAUCUCUUGACAAUCUCAGUCCUUUUCAUCAUCUACAUCGCUGCUGUAAUUUUCCAGAAAAUAUUAAUAGCCUGCUUUAUCUCGACCAGCAGUGUACUUCUCUUCAGCGGUAUUCUGCUUUUAUUUGUUUCUAACUACUUCUUAUACGUAUUGAAGAGGGAUAAGAGAGAGUUGUACGAGCAGAAAGCAUGCGCUGUCAGGACUUACACUAUUAUAAUCUCUCUAUGCAUGAUAUAUGGGAGUUUCAACCUUAUAUUUGACCUCUGAGUUAAUACAGGCAAAACCGACACAUCUACUCUCUCACAAAUAGAUGAUAUAUUGAUGAUGACCUGGUUCUUUACCGAGCUGUUGCCUUCUAUCUCCAUUAUGAUCGUACUUUGGAAGUCAUACAAAGAGAUUCUGCUGUACAGAACUCUCAGGACAUCCUUAUGCGGCGAUGUAGCCAGCAAGUCGUGUAUAGAAACAAUCUUAAAAGAAGACUAUGAAGAGGAAGAAUCAAUCAGAAAGUUAAUUGCUAAGCAGCCAAGCUCGGCUCUCUCUGGCAUUGGGUCUUUCAAGGCUGCAAGCUGGAAUCAUUCAGGAGGUCUCGAAUACUCAUACUACAGAUCUACCUCCCAAGGUGAGGAUCGAUCAGGUGCUGGAAAGCCUCAGCCUUACCUGACUUAUUACUAG